UUUCAGUGUUGCAUGAGUGUGUAAGCAAAUCACGACCGUUGAAUGAAUCUGGACUCUGAGAUUGCUCAUAGUCAAACAAACUCUGUCAGCUUUCCCAAAAAAGAGAACGUCUUUGAACUCCCCACCACUGCACACUCUCUCUCUCUCUCUCUCACCUUUCUUUUCUCUCUGUCUUGACUCUGCUUUCUUUCAUGGAGUCUUUGAAGCUUUUCUUUCUCCAUGUCUUGUUCUUCGUCUCCUUCGUUACAAGCUCGGCUAACACACUUAAUGAGUCUUCAGCUGUGUCAAUAAUACCACCAUCUUCUUUCUCUGCAGAUGCUGUCCUUCUCUUGGAAAAGAUCAGAACUUUACUACAAGGUAACGCUGAGAACUUACUCUUAUCUUCAUGGAAUUCUUCUGUGCCAGUUUGCCAAUGGAGAGGUCUCAAAUGGGUCUUUUCCACUGGCUCUCCUCUUCUAUGCGACGACGUUUCUUCACCCCAAUGGACCAACGUUUCUCUCUUCAGAGACCCUUCCCUACACCUUCUCUCUCUUCAGCUUCCCUCUGCUAAUCUCUCUGGUUCACUCCCCAGAGAGCUUGGUGAGUUUGCUAUGCUAAAAAGUCUCUACCUUAACAUUAAUUCAUUAAAGGGUACCAUUCCUCUUGAGCUUGGCUACAGCUCUUCUCUUUCUGAUAUUGAUUUGGGCAACAAUUUGUUAAAUGGGGUUUUGGCUCCUUCUAUAUGGAACUUGUGUGAUAAGCUGGUUUCUCUUAGGCUUCAUGGUAACUCACUGUCUGGGUCUCUUCCUGAACCAGCAUUACCAAACUCUACCUGCAAGAAUUUGCAGUUUCUUGAUUUGGGUGACAACGAGUUUAGUGGGAAUUUCCCUGAAUUCAUCAUAACCAGGUCUCCUGUACUCAAACAGCUUGAUCUUGGGAACAACAUGUUUUCAGGUCCAGUUCCCCAAGGUUUAGCUCAGCUGAACCUUGAAAAACUGAACCUUGCACACAAUAACUUUAGUGGGGUGCUGCCAGUUUUUGAUAAAUCAUUUGGUGUGGAGGUAUUUGAGGGAAACAACCCUGCCCUUUGUGGGUUACCCUUGAAAAGUUGUAGUGGAAACACUAGACUGAGUUCAGGUGCCAUUGCUGGUCUUGUGAUUGGUUUCAUGACUGGAACUGUUGUUUUGGCUUCAGUGCUUAUUGGGUAUGUGCAGCAUAAGAAGAGAACGAGUAAAGCAGAUAGCGAAGAUGAAUUGGAGGAAGGGGAAGAUGAAAUUGGCGAUGGAGAUGAUGGUAUUGGUGGAGGUGGAGUUGGAGGUGGUGGUGGUGAUGGGAAGCUAAUUUUGUUUCAAGGGGGUGAACAUUUAACGCUAGACGACGUUUUGAACGCAACAGGACAAGUUAUGGAGAAGACAAACUAUGGUACUGUGUACAAGGCAAAGCUUGCUGAUGGAGGGACUAUAGCUUUGAGAUUAUUGAGGGAAGGUAGCUGUAAGGAUAGAAACUCAUGUAUUCCAGUGAUAAAGCAACUAGGGAGGAUUCGCCAUGAGAAUUUGAUUCCACUCAGGGCUUUCUAUCAAGGAAAGAGAGGGGAGAAGCUUCUGAUAUAUGAUCAUCUCCCUCACAGAAGCCUUUAUGAGCUUUUACAUGAGACUAGAGUUGGAAAACCUGUGUUGAACUGGGCCAGGCGCCACAAAAUUGCAUUAGGCAUAGCCAGAGGGCUAGCAUGUCUCCACACAGGUCUUGAAGAUCCCAUCACUCAUGGAAAUGUGAGAUCUAAAAACGUUCACAUUGAUGACUUCUUCGUCGCCAGGCUGACUGAAUUCGGCCUAGACAGGAUCAUGGUUCCCUCUGUGGCUGAUGAAAUAGUGGCACUUGCCAAGACUGAUGGUUACAAGGCACCAGAGCUUCAGAGGAUGAAGAAGUGCAGCUCAAGGACAGAUGUUUACGCAUUUGGAAUUAUGUUGUUGGAGAUCUUGAUAGGAAAGAAGCCUGGGAAGAAUGGAAGAAAUGGUGAGUUUGUGGACUUGCCUUCAAUUGUGAAAGUGGCAGUUCUUGAGGAGACAACAUUGGAGGUCUUCGACGUGGAAGUUUUGAAAGGAAUACGUAGUCCCAUGGAGGAAGGACUGGUCCAGGCAUUGAAACUUGCUAUGGGUUGCUGCGCCCCGGUGCCUUCGGUAAGACCCACCAUGGAUGAAGUUGUGAAGCAGUUGGAGGAAAAUAGACCAAGGAAUAGAUCUGCUUUGUACAGUCCUACAGAAACCAGGAGUGAAAUUGGCACCCCAUUUUGAGCAUUCUUAUUACUUAAGUCAGAAAAUAUAUGAAUCCCAUUGAUGUUGUUUUCAAUCUUUUUUUCAUAAUCUUAAUUUUACUUUUCAUAUUCAGGACAGAGUUCAUGUAAGGCAUGAUAGUGUUUCUUUAUUUUGGAUAUUGUAUUCCUAGGAAUGGAAGAUCAGUUUAUGC